UAUGAUGAUCAAGGUGCCCAAGAAGGACCGGCCCAGAUCGUUCUUUUACACCUUCAUGGAGGAGGUUGUCGAGUCAGGAAAUCGGCCAGGCCAACCUAUCCCGCCCAGUUUCAAGGACCUGUUGAAGAGGAUGCUCCAUGUGGAUUGUGACCAGCGCAUCACACCACGCGCACUGCUGAAGCAUCCCUUCUUCAGCUUCCCUGAGCCCACUAUGGUCCAGCCCUGCAGCAGCUGCACUGAGCCCAGUGUGGUCCAACCCCACAACAGCUGCACUGAGCCCAGUGUGGACCAGCCCCGCAACAGCUGCCCUGAGCCCACUGUGGUCCAGCCCUGCAGCAGCUGCCCUGAGCCCACUGUGGUCCAGCCUCACAGCAGCUGCACUGAGCCCAGUGUGGACCAGCCCAACAGCAGCUUCAGUGAGCCCAUGAUGGUCCAGCCCUUUAGAAGCUGUCCUGAGUCCAGUGUGGACCAGCCUCACAGCAGCUGCUCUGAGCCCAUUGAGGUCCAGCCCUGCAGAAGCUGCACUGAGCCCAUUGAGGUCCAGCCCUGUAGAAGCUGCUCUGACCCAUUUGUGGACCAGCCUCACAGCAGCUGCCCUGAGCCCAUUGAUGUCCAGCCCUGCAGCCGCUUCAGUGAGCUCAUGAUGGUCCAGCCCUGCAGCAGCUGUCCUGAGCCCACUGAUGUCCAGCCCUGCAGCAGUUGUCCUGAGCCCACUGUGGUCCAGCUUCACAGCAGCUGUCCUGAGCCCGCUGUGGACCAGCCCUGCAGCAGCUUCAGUGAGCCCAUUGCGGUCCAGCCAAACAGCAGCUGUCCUGAGCCCACUGUGGUCCAGCCCUGCAGCAGUUGUCCUGAGCCCACUGUGGUCCAGCCCUGCAGCAGCUGUCCUGAGCCCACUGAUGUCCAGCCCUGCAGCAGCUGUCCUGAGCCCACUGUGGUCCAGCCCUGCAGCAGCUUCAGUGAGCCCAUGAUGGUCCAGCCCUGCAGCAGCUGUCCUGAGCCCACUGAUGUCCAGCCCUGCAGCAGCUGUCCUGAGCCCACUGUGGUCCAGCUUCACCGCAGCUGUCCUGAGCCCACUGUGGUCCAGCUUCACAGCAGCUGUCCUGAGCCCGCUGUGGACCAGCCCUGCAGCAGCUUCAGUGAGCCCAUUGCGGCCCAGCCAAACAGCAGCUGUCCUGAGCCCACUGUGGACCAGCCCUGCAGCCUACCUGGGAGCCACACACCUUCUAUGUCAGAAGAACAGAGGGAGGCCCCAUUAGACAACACAGACAGUGGCAAAGGCACUGCAUCAAUACCUACUGCUUCCCUUGGGGUUGCGGCGGAGACUGUGGAGGUCAAGCCAGCGGUAGCAGACAUCCCACUAGAUUUCACCCAAAAGAAAAAGAAGAAACAGGGCAGAGCAAAGCGGUUCUUCAAGUCGGUUUUGGGAUCCUUCUUCUGCCAUGGGGACCAGGAGUGACAGAUUCACACAUGGACCAGCCCAACAGCCGCUGCUGGCCUGAGCCCCGUGUGGACCAGCCCAACAGUUGCUGCCCUGUAAGCAGCCUGGACCAGCAGCUGCCCUGCCCCGAGUGGACUACUACCCCAGCCCGGUGUGGACUACUGCCCUGAGCCCACUGUGGACUGCUGCGCUGAGCCCAGUGUAGACUACUACCCCAGCCCGGUGUGGACUACUGCCCUGAGCCCACUGUGGACUGCUGCGCUGAGCCCAGUGUAGACUACUACCCCAGCCCGGUGUGGACUACCUCAAAAGGCAGCUGCCGUCCUGAGCCCACUGUGGACUAUCCCAAGGGCUGCUGCCCUAAGCCCACUGUGGACUACCCCAAGGGCUGCUGCGCUGAGCCCACUGUGGACUAAUGCGCUGAGCCCACUGUGGACUAAUGCCCUGAGCCCACUGUGGACUACCUGCUGCCCUCAGCUCAAUGUGGGCUACCUCAAAGGCAGCUGCCGCCCUGAGCCCACUGUGGACUACCCAAGGGCUGCUGCCCUGAGCCCACUGUUGACUACCCCAAGGGCUGCUGCCAUGAGCCCACUGUGGACUACCCCAAGGGCUGCUGCCAUGAGCCCACUGUUGACUACCCCAAGGGCUGCUGCUGCCCUGAGUUCAAUGUGAACUACCCCUAAGGCUGCUGCCCUGAGCCCACUGUGGACUACCCCAAGGGCUGCUGCUGCCCUGAGUUCAAUGUGAACUACCCCUAAGGCUGCUGCCCUGAGCCCACUGUGGACUACCCCAAAGGCUGCUGCCCUGAGCCCACUGUGGACUACCCCAAAGGCUGCUGCCCUGAGCCCACUGUGGACUAACCAUGAGCCACUGUGGAAAACCCAUGAGACCACUGUGGACGACCCCAAAGGCUGCUGGCCUGAGCCCACUGUAAACUCCAUUGGCAGAUAAAACAGUCUGCAUUUAACUGUAAUAAACUCCAAGUCCGGGAAGCAAAAUGUCUCAAUGUCAGUGGUGGUGCACCAUGAGUUACGGACAUAUAUGCACACACCGCCGCCUUUAUCCUUACCGGAGUAAGCUGUUUGGUCCGCUCGGUAAACAGUCCGGCCUGCUAGCUCAAUAGCAGCGUCAGGGAUGUUCGGAAUCAGCCAGGUUUUGGUGAAGACAAAGCACAGCCACGAAUCCUGUUAGAAUGUGAAGCCUCAGUCCGAGUUUGUCGAUCUUGUUGACAAUAGACUGGGCGUUCCCCAAACUGUGGACCACCCCAAAGUGAUUUGUCUGGUUUGUCGUGGAUUUUAUUUUAAAUAUGAAGUUUUCUUUAAAUGUGAAACUUUUACGUUUUUAUGCUGCCUUCUUGGCCAGGACUCCCUCGGAAAUGGUACAAAUGUCUGCACUAAGCCCUUCCUGCACGCAGUAAUUUACUAGUCUUUACAUGAAUUGAUCCUGCAUUGUACCGUCACCUGUCUGGUAUGUAGUAUUUGAUGGAUUGAAUGUUUUUACCU